AUGUCGUCCGUAAAAGAAAUUGGGGAAGUUCUGAAGAACAAAAGUCAGCCAUUAAAAGAUCGAUUUCGAGCUUUGUUUACUUUACGAAACCUUGGUGGAGAUGAAGCAGUGGAUGCCAUUGCUAGCUGCUUUGAUGAUGAGUCUGCUCUACUGAAACAUGAACUGGCCUACUGUUUGGGUCAGAUGCAGGACACUCAUGCUAUCCCAUACUUAAUCAGAGUUCUCGAAGACACAUCACAGGAGGCAAUUGUUCGACAUGAAGCUGGUGAAGCUUUGGGAGCAAUUGGGGAUGCAUCAGUGUGUGAAGUACUGAAGAAAUACUUGCAUGAUCCUGUUGUUGAAGUUGCAGAGACUUGUGAGUUGGCUUUAGGUCGCUUAAAGUGGUUAGCAGACAAUGCUAAGGUCGAGACGGACCUCCCUGGAAAUCCGUAUCUUUCUGUGGAUCCAACCCCUCCUGCAAAAAUUGCUCCUGUUGAAGAGCUCAGGCAGGCAUUACUAGACGAGACACUGUCUCUUUUUCAAAGGUACAGGGCCAUGUUUACUCUGCGGAAUAUGUCAACCACAGAAUCAGUACUAGCGCUUGCAGAUGGUUUAAAGUGCAGUGGUGCCUUGUUCCGCCAUGAAAUUGCCUAUGUCUUAGGCCAAAUUCAGAAUGAAGCCUGCAUAAAACAGCUCUCAGAAAACCUGCAGGAUGUGAAUGAGAGCCCAAUGGUGAGGCAUGAGUGUGCUGAAGCACUGGGAUCAAUAGCUACACCCGAAGCCACGGCUAUCCUUCAGCGGUACCUGGCAGAUGCGGAGAGGGUGGUGCGAGAGAGUUGUAUAGUGGCUUUAGAUAUGAGUGAAUAUGAGAACAGUGGCCAGUUCCAGUAUGCAGAUACUUUAAGUAGACUCAACAAUCAGGGAUCUCUAAGCAGCAGUCAGUUGGAGACUGUUGUAGGUUAA